CCUUAGCGAUUCUAUAGAGUUGCGUAAGUUCACGGGAACAAAUAAAAGUUGCCUCCCAAAACCCUCGACAAAGAAGUGAGGAAGCCGCGACGGGAGCUCGCCGGAGAAGGCGUCGGCGGACCAGCGACGUGUGAGGAUGAAGAGGAGUUCGUGAGACGACCGGAGUUAAGUUAAACUCAAUCUUACUUAAAAUAGUACUACCACAGUCUCUCAAGAUUGUCGGGGGAAGCCAAAGAAACCAGCGCAAUGCGCAUUGACCGAGCGGCGAUCGAGAUGGUCCUCUCGCGCGAGUUCUGGAGGAUGGCUAUUAUAUGGCCCCUCACCCUCGUUUACUGCUACGCCCGACUCAACCUUGCCGCCCUCUUCCGACGACGCCCGCUGCCGAGACAGCACUUUCGUCGCUGCUUAGUUCCCGAUUCCGCCGGCGGCGAUUUCAAGCGUCCCAUCUGCAUCAUUACAGGGGCGACUUCGGGCUUGGGGUCGGCAGCAGCGCGGGCCUUAGCUGGCGAGGGCUAUAAUGUCGUUCUUGUUGGGCGUUCGGCUGAAUCUUUACACAAGACCAUUCAGGAAAUUAAGCUAGAGCAUGGAGAUGCUCAACUUAAAGCAUUCCAGGUUGACUUGUCAUCUCUUCAAUCAAUUAUGAAGUUUGAAACUUCCUUUAAGCAGUGGCUUCUUGAUUCAGAUCUCCAUCCUUCGGUUCAACUCCUUAUAAACAAUGCUGGGAUAUUAGCAACUUCUGCCAGAUUAACUGCAGAUGGAUUUGACCAGAUGAUCCAGACAAACUACAUCAGUGCUGUUGUGUUGACCAGUAUUCUUCUUCCUUUGAUCAAGAACAGUACCUCACCUUCUCGAAUUGUUAAUGUGACCUCUUUUACGCAUCGUUGUGCAUCUAAUUUGAAGCUUGAUUGCAAAAAAUUUAGUCAUAUGGCAAUCUCAAAGAAGUAUCCAUUUGCUUCUAUCUAUGAGUACUCCAAGUUGUGUUUAUUGCUUUUUUCAUAUGAGCUCCACCGUCAACUCCAUGCAGAAAAUCCAUCGUCCAAAGUUUCUGUCAUCCCUGUUGAUCCUGGGGUGGUCCAGACCAACAUACUUCGGGAAGUUCCUCCAUGCCUUUCUCAACUGGCUUUCAGAGUUCUAAGCUUCUUGCACCUUCUCCAAUCUCCGGAAGUUGGUGUCUCUUCAAUUAUAGAUGCUGCAUUGGCACCUUCUAAUGUGUCAGGAGAGUAUUUCUUUGGAGGAAAGGGAAGAAGGAUGGGUUCCUCCUCUCUAUCUUACAAUGCAAAAGUUUCUGCUGAACUGUGGUUGAAUACUUCCAUUAUUCAGGAGCAGAUAAACCUGCUAAGAUCUCCUAUUUCCUGACAUUUUCUUAUGGUUGAUUUUAUGAUUCCAUCAGCCCAAAAUUCGAUGGGAUUUGACAGAUUUAUCUAUCUUUGUUGUUAUAUUGAGAUGAUUGAUGGAAUCAAAGGAUUGGUUCCAUUUUAUGGGAAAAUUAUUAGGUCCGGACACCGAACGUAGAGAUACGUCCGGACAUCCACUAAAAAUUUGACGCGUGGAAUGUACACGUGUUCGCGAAAUUUUAAGUCAAGCGCAGGUAAAGCGUAAUCAAAGCGCAUCCAAAGCGCUGUCAAAGCGCUGUCCACGUGGCAACUUUUUAUUGGAUCCAGACCUAUUUCUAGGUUCGUUGUCCGGACCUAAUAAUUUUCUCAUUUUAUGGCCUGGAAGAAACUGUACAUUCUAUCUUAGCUCCUUGGUUGUGCACUUAGGCUUUCAAUCAAUUGAUCUUUAAGUUGAGGAUUAAUUAUUUCGUGCAAACAGCGAAUGUGGUCCGUAAAUCAAUCAGAAUGCGCCAUGUCACCCCCAUGCGCGGCACCACUUUUUGGUUGGUAUCCGGACGACGUUCUGCCACCGGUUUCCGCAUAGAAUAAUUUUUCGAAUUUGAGACCUUGCAUAUAGGGUAUAUGUGAAUUUAUGACACAAUUAUGUGACUUUUAUUUCUUACUCGAGAUUAUUUUAUCUUAUGAUGUGAGAAAUUCUUUUGGCAUAAUUUUGAUUCAACAAGGGCUUUGAAGGUA